AUGGAUCUACGAUCAGUGGUCUGUGCCUUGAUGAUGUGGACAUUCUUAAAUGUAUCAGGUGACCAUGUCGAGUACAGUGACAUCACUUACAGGAAAGAUGGUGAUCUGAUCCUUGGUGGGUUAUUCCCUAUCCACGAAACGGGUCCUUCUGGGUUGAGGUGUAGUGAGCUCCGGGAGACAGAGACCUUGCAUCGCUUAGAAGCCAUGGCGUUCGCUAUCGAAGAGAUCAACAACCUCACAGACAUUCUGCCAGGUGUGACACUAGGAUUCGAGAUCAGAGACACGUGUUCCGAUGUUUCCAUGACGCAGAUAGGAGCUUUGAAGUUCCUUCCGUCGGACUUCACCCGCGGGGCUACCUGUCCGAUGUCGACCAACGCGAGCACGUUAUUGGAAGCCAGUCCGAUCAUAGGGGUGGUGGGUACAGAGAUGAGCAAGACGACAAUGUCUGCAGCCCAACUUCUUGGUUUGAACCAUGUACCUGUCGUGAGCUAUUAUGCAACAAGUGAUGACCUGUCUGAUACGAUCCAGUAUCCAUAUUUCUUGAGGGUAGUUCCACCUGACAGACUCCAGGUACAGGCGAUGCUGGAGCUUAUCCGGACUUAUGAAUGGUCCUACAUCUAUCUCCUGCACUCGGACGACAGCUAUGGGACAAACGCGUUCCAAGAAAUUGUUCGCGUUGCGGAUGAGAUUGGCGUUUGUCUUGCGGAAACUUGGGAGAUUGGAUCUCAAUUAACAGAAGAAGACUUUGAUAAUAUUAUUAUGAACAUGCAGAUGAGGUCUCAGGCAAAGGUCGUGAUCCUCUUCAUAAAUGUAGUAGAAGCCAACAGCUUUUUUGCUGCAUUAAGGAGAAGUGGGGCAGUCGGGGAUUAUCAGAUUUUGGGCAGCGAUGGAUGGGGAAUGAGUAUUGGGGAAAUUGAGACUUUAAACAGGCCGGCUGCUCUUGGGUCACUCAAGACUCAUCUCUUCUCGGCUCAUGUGCAGAAUUUUGAAGACCACUUCCUGGGACUGACACCCACAAAAUCCCAUGACAAUCCGUGGUUUCAAGAGUACUGGAACUCCAGUAGGAACUGUUCGUUCAUCAAGCACGGCGCAUCCUGUCUCUCAAGUACAGGCUUCAGUGCUGGAAGUGCUGUAUCCUUGGUUUUAGAUGCAGUCUCUACUUUGGCUCUAGGCCUUUCUGAAAUGCACAAGGACCUAUGUCAUGGUCAGUCUGGGAUCUGCCCAGCCAUGACGCCGUUUGAUAGUGCACUUCUCUUUGACUACAUGACUAACCUAUCCUUUGAGGGUCAGUCAGGAUUUGUGACCUUUGACAGUGGAGGGGAUGCGAUCGGCCGCUAUGUCAUUGACAACAUCCAAGUUGAAAAUAUCAACUAUGAGUUGGUGAAGGUCGGUCUCUGGAGUGCCAUCCAGGGAAACCUCUUGGUAAUGAACAACUCAAACGUGGUCUGGGGACCUGAAGAAUCCCGUCUAGUCGGAACUGCUCCUCUGUCGUACUGCAGUGAUCCCUGUGGGAAUGGUCAAAUUUAUAUCCCUCGAGAAAACGUCUGCUGCUGGUCAUGCUUGAACUGUUCUGAUGAUGAAAUCACGAUGAUAAAUCAGACAGCUUGUUUGAAAUGUAACCAACGAGCUGCUCCCGAUGACGACCAACUCAACUGCAUCCUUGUAGAAGCUAAAUACAUCCUGUGGAACGAUCCUUUGGCGAUUAUGUUGACAGUUUUAGCGAUUGGUGGACUUAUCCUGGUUUCAAUGGUGCUCUUCUUUUACAUCAGCAAUCGGAACAACUUGUUGAUCAAAGCCUCCAGCCGUGAACUGUGUAGUAUCAUUCUAGUUGGUAUUUAUCUCUCAUACAUUCUUGUCUUUUUCCUCGUUGCCAAACCGACUUUCGGCACCUGUCUUAUCUGUCGCAUGAUGCUUAUGCUCUCCUUCACCAUCAUCUACGCUCCAAUAUUGACGAGAGUCAACAGGAUAUACCGCAUCUUUGAUCGCGCACAAAGGUCUGUCCGGAGACCUGGAUGUAUCAGCCCGACGUCACAAGCAAUAAUCGCUGUCAUUCUCAUCGGUGUUCAGGUUCUGGUAAACACUGUGUGGAUGAUCCUCGUGCCUCCUGCAGCGGAGGAGGAGUUGGUUGCCCCACAACGAGUCGAGCUAGUGUGCAACUUUUCGAGCCAAGAAAUCAUCACCUCGCUCAGCUACAACGUUAUCUUGCUCACCCUGUGCAGCAGCUUCGCCUUCAUGACGCGUAAGGUUCCAAACAACUACAACGAAUCUCGCUUCAUCGCCCUCUGCGUAUACACCGUCCUCGUCAUCUGGAUCGGGUUCAUCUCUAGUUACUUCGCCAUCAACGACGCCAAACUCAAGGUCGUCGUCCUCUCCCUCGCCAUGAUCUGCAACGGCACCAUCACUCUCUGUUUCAUGUUCCUUUCGAAGCUCUACGCCAUCUAUUUCGAGAAGGAAGUCAUCAUCAACCCUACAACCUACAACGGAUCAGGCAGAGGGACUACGACCGGGGAAACCAGUGAAGGCAAUCAGGAUAUUGACGUUCGCGUUGAGGAAGGUGGCGGUGGUGAGAAAAAAAGCACUUCAAAGUUUCGGAAAGCUACAGUUCGGCCAUCGGGAGAGGACUUCCAAGCUAAGCAAUCGUACGGUGUGGCAGCCACCGAGAAAAAUACCCUUAAGGGACGUCCGUACCCACCUCGAGAGAAAAAGUGUUCAACUAUAUCAGGAUCGGAGAGCAGCUGCAGCUGA